AUGAAGUACUUAUUGGACGAGUUUCCGUUGAACGCUAUCGAUUGCAAAGAGCCGGACUUGAUGGAUGCGCACCCAAUUCCAGACCAUAUCUAUCUUUCCGAGCAAAUCAAAGUGUGCCUAGAAGAGGGCGAAUUUGAAAUGACUCAGAACACCGAUUUCCUCAGAUAUUUUGAUAUUAGCUUAUACACAAUGGAUCUUUCCGUUUGGCCAAAGGCUAUCAGGGCAUUUGAUCAGAUUGGUUUGAAACACGAGCCGCUAUCGCUGAUAGUACCGCAGUUCGAAGUACCGCAACCCCCACUGCAACCUGCUGUGUUUCCUCCAAGUUUCCGAGAACUGCCACCGCCUCAGCUCGAGUUAUUCGAUUUGGAUGAAAUGUUCUCGUCGGCGGAAGUUCGGCUCGCUCAGCUAGCCAAUAAAUGCAAGUUACGCUGCAACUCCUCCCCACAGAUGCAGUUGAUUUUUGGCCGUACAAAACCGACAAUUCCAGGACCAGGUGAAGACAAUGAUCUGGAGUACUUUUUGAAAGAAGCCAGCGAUAUUCAUGAUAUCACAAAGAGUUUGCCGAUGAACGACAAGGGGCCGAAGAAGGUUUUGGAAUUUGUGCUCCAUCAGUUGGCAGAGUUUAAGAAACUCAAUCAGGAGGAAGAGGACAACAGCCUGCCGAUUAUAGAAGGAGAAGGUGACGCAGAGGAGUCGAACAAAAAUGAGGAGCAAUUGUUCUCCGACACUGAUGAUUACGAUGACAUCAGCUGA